GCGAACUUUAUUGAACAGCGGCGUCCUCACUUAGAAUGGCCUCCCAGCUGUCUUGGGAGAUCAAGUGCUCAUUGUGUUUAGAUGAUUUCACUGAUCCGAUCACUCUGUCUUGCGAACAUUCUUUUUGCCGCCAGUGCAUUACGGGUCACCUGCAGUCCAGCCUGGGCCGAAGCUUCUGCCCGGAUUGCCAAAAACCUUACAAAGCCAGAGACCUGCGGCCCAGCCGGCUGCUCAGGAACGUGACGGCAGCUGUACGGGAGCAUCUCACAGUCCAGGAAGGGAUCAUGACUUCACCUACAGAUUCUCCAGCAGCACUGACAGACACGCUGAUAUGUUUUGAACACGAUGAGAAGCUCAAACUCUUCUGUGAAACGGACCAGAAGCUGGUAUGCGUAGUGUGUCGAGACGGGCAGAAGCACAAGGGCCACCAGUUCAAACCUGUGAAAGAGGCAGCUCAGAUGGUGAAGGGAGUAGUGAAGGGUGCGCUAGGCUUCCUGGCCAAAGAGAAUAGAGAUCUGGAAGGCAUGACCCAAAAACAGGCAGCUGAGGUCACUAAAACUGAGUUGAGAUCCACACGACUGUCAGCCCAGAUGUCUGCCCAUUUGGCGGAGUUGCACCAGUUCCUGAGGAAGAAAGAAGAAGAAGCAAAGAAGCAACUGGAGGACGAGGAGAAGAAUGCUGUCAAAUCCAUGUGGAGGAACACAUCCAAAAUCAGUGAAGAGCUGAUGGAAGGAAAAUCGACAGAAUGCAUUCUUAAGUCUGCGCUGGAUAUUAGUCAACCUGACCACUUUCUACAGUGGUGGAAUGAAAAGGGAUUUUCUGUUAUAGAGGGGAUGAAGCAGAAAGACAACACGGACACAGAAAUCAAAUACAAAUCAAAGCUGGAAGGCCUGCACGUGAUUCCAAACUCUCUCUUCUUCGGCCCUUACGAGACUCACCUGCAGUUCUUUGUAUGGAAGGAGAUGCUGGGAGCUGUUAAGCCAGUUCCUGAGAGUUUGAGCAUAAAGGACCCUGCAGACUCCUACCUGAAGGUGGCCCCAGGAGGUGCACACGUAUGGCAGGCCGAGAGGAAGUCCAACUACUUUAAGGGCUACAAUCCCGGCGUUGUCUCUACAGAGACCUUCCAAACCGGACAGCACUACUGGGAGAUUGAAGUGGGAAAGAAGUUAGACUGGAGCAUCGGAGUUAAGAUGGAGAAGGAACAGCAAAAAGCAUCAUCAAAAUUCGACGGGAUCCAUCUCCACCUCAGACAUGGCAAAGGAUAUAUCUUCAGUUCUGAUGGAAUAGAGAUUCCUGCUGUGGUCCAAGGAAAUCCCAGCAAAAUUGGGCUCUAUCUCGACUGUGAGAGAAAGCAGAUCUCCUUCUAUGAUGCUGACGUCAUGUCUCUGAUUCUUCUAACUGGCUACAGUUCAGACCUGCCCUGCUCCAUUAGUCUUUUUUCAGGGCUUUAUCUUGAUGGAACAAACAACGACCCCAUCACAAUAUGCUCAUAUAAAUGUAAGUAAGACAAUUCACAUUCUGUUGGCGACUCAACCCACACAGCCAAACACCUACCUAACCGACAACGUGGACUUGUGUUGCCAGCAAACCAAAACACCUCUUUGAGGUUAUAAAGGUGUGAAAGUCUGAUGUCGUCAAGUGGAAAAUAUUUAAUAUGAUUGAAUAGCUUAAAAAAAUCCUAAACCUGCAAAGGACAUGGUGGGACUUUCUUUAUAAGACCUUCUCUCUUUUUAUUUAUCUUUAAGUAGUUCAGUCCUUAACCAACAACUAUGCAAAACUGAGCAAUACAACGCUAUUGUUAUCCAAUAUUCUUCUUCUUUUUCUUCGUAAUUUCUGUUGGUUAUUUGUCCGCUAACUGUUUGGUCUCAUUGUGAGAUGUGGACCUUUUCUGUCCAGCUUUCUUGACUGGAUGUUAGGUUUCCACAUAGCAACAACUGGUUCCCAUAACACCAUAGUGUGACCAAAAGUUUGACAUUCUUGGGUCACCACGAUGCAAGUACAUAUGCAACAUCCUAGCAACCACCUGGGAUAGGAUAUGAACAACCUAGUAACACCCUGGUAACCACCAACACAUCAUAGCAGCUGCUUGGAAAACAUCAGCAACCAUCUGGUAUACUAUAGCAACCAAAAAGCAACACCAAGACGAUUACUUUGAACACCAUAGCAACUGCCUUUCUACUACUAGGGAUACAAUAGCAAACAUCAAGCAAUACCCUAGCUACCACCUGGAAAACCACAGCAACUGACUUGCAACUACCAGGGAUACAAUAGCAGACAUUUAGUAACACCCUAGCAACCACCACUUGGAACACCUCAGCAACUGCCUUGCAACCAAUAGCAAACAUCUAGUAACAUGCUAGCAACCACCUGGAACACCCUAGCAACUGCCUUUCAACCACAAGGGACACAACAGCAAACAUCCAGUAACACCCUAGCAACCACCUUGAACAACAUAGCAUCUGCCUUGCAACCACAAGGGAUACAACAGCAAACAUCUAGUAACACCCUAGCAACCACCUGGAACAACAUAG